CUCAUCAAUCAAUACUCUUAAUUUGACGCAUCUUUUUCCUUACGGCAUUCCUUACCUCACCCACCCUCUUUAACCAAAACCCAACCACACUCAUUUCAUCCUCUAAAAUUAAUAAUAAUAUCCAUUUCAUUUCAUUCUUAAUUGAUCAAUUAAUCAAAUCACCUCUUAAAGCUUCAAACUUUCAACCAAAAAAGCCAACACCUUUACUUCUCUUCAUCCAUAAAUCCCUCACCCUUUUCUUUCUUUUCCCUUUUCAUUCCAAUUUGAAUAAAGGGUCAUCAAAAAAACCUCACCUUCUUCACCUAUUUCAUAUCAAGUUUUCAUUUUUAACUAAAGGGUCAUCAAAAAAACCUCAUCAUCUUCACCAAUUUCAUAUCAAGUUUUGAUUUUUAACUAAAGGGUCAUCCAAAAAACCUCAUCAUCUUCACCUAUUUCAUAUAAAGUUUUGAACUUUACCUUAUAAGAAGAACAACAACAACAGUAGUUGAUUGUUUCCAGAGUUAUGGCAAUGAUGCCAUACUACCUUUCUAGGCUACCUUAUCAUGAUUCCCUUCAAAUACUUGAGGCUGAUAUACAACAAGCUAAUUCUUUGGCUGCUGCAAUUCCAAGAGCAAAGGGAGGAAAUCUUAUUAAAAUGAAAUUGGUUUGUAAUCAAUUGGCUCCUCUUGUUUUGUUGUUUCUUCAAUGGAUGGAUUGGUCUUGUGCUGGCUUUUUGCAUAGUUAUCUUAACCUCUUUCACAUACUUAUAUACAAAGAACCAAAUGAUGGGAGAUCAAUCUUGUCUAGCCGUGGAAGGAAAGCAACCAUUAAGGAUUUUUAUGCUGUUAUACUGCCGUCUCUUCAGCGGCUUCACGGUAGCUUCGACGACAAGUUGGAGACUUGUGAAGAAGUGAACACGAGCUUAAAAGGUUCGGUUUGUGGCAAGAAGGUGAUUGAAGGAGAUGAGAAACUAACCAAUGUUGAUUUACAAAGAGAAGAUGAAUGUGGGAUUUGCUUAGAGCCUUGUACCAAAAUGGUUUUGCCUAAUUGCUGUCACGCCAUGUGCAUCAAAUGCUACCGCAAAUGGAACAGGAAGUCAAAGUCGUGUCCUUUUUGUCGCGGUAGCUUGAGGAGGGUUAAUUCAGAGGAUCUAUGGGUAUUAACUUGCGAUGAAGAUGUUGUUGACGCUGAAACAGUUUCUAAAGAAGACUUAUUGCGGUUUUACCUCUAUAUCAACAAGCUUCCCAAAGAUAACCCGGACGCACUUUUCCUAAUGUAUUAUGAAUACCUGAUUUGAUUUUCUUUUGAAUGAGUAGAAAUCAAAUUCGGUACUCUGAAAUUUACAAUACUCACACACACUGUGCAUCAACCACUUGUAAGAUCACAGUGGUUUAUUCGAUAUUAUUUCACUAAAUAAGAAAAUAAAUGUACAUAUAUAGAAAAAGCCGGACCGCAAAUGUGAAUAGAGUCCGGCAUAAAAAAAAAUUAUUCUCAUUUCAUCAUUGUACUUGGGAGAGAAGUUUCUUGGAAUUUUAGACCAGGAAAAUCACUUCUCUUAGCUCUUUGAUGCAUCUUCAUUGCUAAUAUUUUCAACAAGUUGUAAUUAAGAUAUUAAUUUAUGAAGCAAAAUCUCCUUGUA